CCGAAGAUUGUUUUUAGUUUUUGUCGAGUGACAAGAGACUGGCUGGACUCCUUGACAUAGACACAGCGGUUUUUAUCAGGUGGAAGGACAAUGGGAUAACCACUGAUCAAGCAUCCACUCAGCUGACAGCUGAAGUGUCUUCGCAAAUAACUGCGGGUGUUAUAAAAGGUGUCAUAUGAGAUUGAUAAGCAUUUGAGAAUGAGCAAGUGGGGAGACCGACUGAAGAAGGUUGAGCAGCUUGCUCAGUCCUUCCAGCUGAAUCCUCUGACGACGCGCUACAAACCUCGACUGUGGCCGUGUCAGCCUUCCUCCAUCUGGAAACUUUUCCCCCGUCAGAGUCUGGCUAUCAGCUUUGCUCAGAGCUGCAAAGAGGCUGUACAUGUUUUUGCACUUGAGAAAGAAAAGACUUCCAUGGGUCAAAGGAUCUACCUGGUUACCAGUUACAGUGAGCUGUGGCAUUAUUACAGGACUUACACUCAGUCCUUGAUGCACUGCUACGAGGUGAUUCCAGAGGGUGCUGUCUGUAAGCUUUAUUUUGACUUGGAGUUUCACAAGCCUUCAAACAAAGGAUCAGAUGGGAAAAAUAUGGUGUCUUUGUUUAUCCAGUAUGUGUGUGAAAAGCUAAUGGAAGUUUAUGGCAUUGAAUGUUCUGCGAAAAAUAUCCUCAAUCUGGACUCCAGCACAGAAGAUAAAUUCAGUCGACAUCUUAUCUUCAGUCUCCAAAAUGCAGCUUUCAAAGACAACAUACAUGUUGGUAGGUUUAUCCAUGCAAUUCUUCAACCUGUCCUGAACAAAGCCAAAGGUGGAAGUUGUGUGGAUGAUGGGAUUAAUCCAACAGCAGACAACAAACAAACAGGUGGAACACUUGCAGUAUCUGAGGGGAAACCAGCAAAGGCAGGUGGGAUGACCGAGAGUCCACAGACGAAGAGGCGUAAGCAGGAAGAGAGAGACCUCAGCUUCCUCCAGGUGAAAAACAAGGAUGGCAAAGACUGUCUCUUUGUUGAUCUUGGUGUCUACACCAAGAAUAGAAAUUUCCGACUUUACAAAUCAUCGAAAGCGGGGAAGAAUGCUGCAUUCACUGUGGCAGAAGACAAUAAGUUUAUUGCCAAACCCAAGAAGGGAAGUUCUGCAGAGGAAAGCGUCUUUCUGGCAUCCUUAGUGUGCAAUGUGAGUUUCACAGGUCAGAGAGUUCUUACGUGGGACAUCCCAGAAACAAAUGAAACCAAGACCUCGAUGCCUCAUUGCCAGCAGGGAUCAGCUUCAACUUCAGAUGCACUGUCUGGCUGCCUGUCGUCUCCUCACCAGGAAGUGGACACCUUUGUAUUAACAGUGGUUAGAAAGGAUGGACUACAAGGAAGCAUAAGACGAUGGAACUACUUCGCUGCAGAACAACUUCUCGUCUAUGACAUAGCCAAAUACCGCUGGUGUGAAAAUGUCGGCAGGUUUCACAAAAGCAACAACAUCAUGAUUGUUGUGGAUUUGAAAGAGGAGGUGUGGUACCAGAAGUGCCACGAUCCUGACUGCAGGAACUUCAGGUCCUCAAGUUACCCUCUGCCACAAGAGAUCUGUGUCAGCUACAUCAUAACACUGGAUGAGGAGGACCAGGUGUACUUAAUGGACGAUGCUGGCAACAUUGAACCCAGCCAGAUACCAAACCAGGCCCACCAGAGCACGGUGCGUCCAGUGGAAGAGACUCCUGAUUUGUGGGGAAAUGAACGGGAUGACCAGGACUACUCAAAGAGUCUUGAUGACUUUGAACAAAAUGGCGGCGAGAUCUCAGACCAGCUGCUGCUCACGUGUAUGGCAGAUUUUGAUUCCCAGUAGAGGAUAAGGUUUGUGCUAUUUUGCAGCACAGCAUCAAAUAUACCGGUAAGACUUAAUUACAUCCUAUUUAGCGUUUUAUAGAGUACAAAAACAUGUAAUAAAUGGUUUAUAACACACUCUAAGCUAAUAAUUAAAUAGGUGGCUAUUAAUGCAUUUGUCAAUGAGUAACUCUUUUUGAGGACAUCCUGGUGCAUAAACAAUACAAAUUACAAUUUAAUUAAAAGUUAGCUAAAGUAUAUACAGUAGCUGCUUACAAUAUACAUAGUGUGGCUUAAACUACCUAAUAAAUGUUUUAAUACUGUUUGAAUGAUAAUUAGCUACAUAUCAUGGCACUUUAUUGACAGUCACAGAGCACAAACAUAAGUUUCUGCUUUUUAGAGAUAAAUAUGCUUGUGUCUUUAGAAAAGACAAACACAAAAUAGUUUUGAAGAAAGAAUAUAUUUGGUACAGUUAACAAAGACCCAAUACUUUUAAUUGUAGCACAAAACUGCACCUUUGCCCUUUUCAUAUAGAAGUCAUAAAAAAAAAA